AACUGCCCUAACCAUAACUCCUGACAAGAAGUGAUAAACUGCCCUAGCCAUAACUCCUGACAAGAAGUGACAAACAAGCGGUUAACAAAGCAUGACAGGAGCUCACACCAGAAAGAAUCAUUAGUUAGUGGUGAUAAACUGGCCACCUUCUGUUGCUUUGGAAGCGCCACAAAGGAUAAGAGAAUGGAUAUUUCAGUAACAAAUGUAACAGAGAGGUUAAGAUAAAAAGUAUUAGAAAUUACAUGCAUAACUGUAUACAUGUACACAAAUGCAUUCACUCUCUUCCAGCCCUAUGUAUUUGGUUGAGAAUAUGGCUCUGCAAUAUCAGCUGCUGUUUUUCUUUAAAACAAAUUAUGAUUUAUAAAUUUAUAAUUUCUUUUUUAAUUACACUAUCAGUGUAGACAUGAUGCUGCAUUUUAAUAUUCUAUUGUUGCAAGUCUCCAAACAGUAAAACAAAGUGGUGUCUUUUACUGCCACUGUCUUCCUGCAUACAAUGCCUGCCACAGGUGCACUUCUCAAUAAUCCAGGUAACCAUAAAACUAAACUACUGUCAGUGGUGUAAGAUGGGUGGGGGAGUGAGGGGGAACUUUAUGCUGAUGGUGAACAACGUUCACAUUCUUGUCUCCUCAGUAUCUUUUUGAAGGGGCAGCCCCCACCCUUACCCCUCUGGUUCCUACCCCACUGCAUAUGUUGACAAAGAGGCAAUUCUCUAUAUUCAAUGGUAAUUAGAUCAUCUUGAAUGGACCACUAAUUCUCCUGGUAGUUAUAAAUUAUAAAGUGCAAGAAAAAAAAAAUAUAUAGAACUCAAUCUAAGAGAUAACAUGACACUAGACAUUGACACUUCCCCGCCCUGCUAAAGAAAGGAGGGUGAUUCAAGUAUCUCUCACAAGAGUCAUGAUCCACAGGGAGGAGAUAACGUUGACAAAAGAAUUUAACGAAACGAUUGGAGCCUUUUCAUAUGAGCACGAACUUGUAUACACGUCCGUGAUAUGAGCGCUCGCGACAUCGGGGAAACCGAAGGCACUAAAGACCCUGCGGCAGAAGGGAGGAGUAGGGUCCGGGCACCGUUUGUGUGCGACCAGAGUUCUCCGGAGCGGUUGCGGUUGGGGGGUGUGAGGAGAGGGGAACCCGUCUAUAAUUUCAAUGCUGUCGUCACAGCCAGCGCGCCCUGGUUGCCGGGUCAUGCAUGACCUUUUCAUUUUAAUGCUUCAAAAAUAGAGGUCUUGUGCCGGCGAUUAACGUACAGAUAAUGCCCCCGUUUUGUUGUCGAUUUGAAUAAACUUCGCUAUGAAAAUCUUUCUACACAACACAGACCAACAUCGCUCUUCACUGGCUAUCUAACAUCGUCAUCGUAUCAUGCAAUCUAUAUAUGAACAAGCCUUCCAGUCCUCCUUGUUCAUUCGACGUUCACAUACACACACGUCUGGUAUUUUUACUGACACCAUAGAUCAAUGACAUGGCUCACGAACAGCUGAAAUGUCAGUACUGACAAGGAUCACAAUGUAUUUGUGGUGUGAAGGACUAUCAUUUUGAAAAAAGAAAGACUUCUGUCCGUGACACGACUAUCGGUGGCCAACAAUACAUUGCCUACAAUAUGUCCACUCACCCACCCCCACCUCGUGACACCCUCAACUCCUAGUGAGCUGUCAAAUAGGGCAAGGCGCAUAUUCAAAUGGCCUGGAGGCACGCUCUAUCAAACAAUAACCCAGGUCCCACUCGUCUUUUUUCGCAAAGCAACGAAGGCAAGCAGGAGUGGAGUACCCUUUGCUUCGUGUUGGGCCUCCACUACAAGACGUCGGUCAAGUGUCGAUAGUGCAGCAUGAGCCACCGCAAUCCUUUCCGCAAGUCAGUAGGAGUCUACGAAGUGAUGGCGACGUCCUACACGGGUGGCAGUAACGACACACGGACAGAUUCGCGGUACACACAAGGUAAAACCAUGGACUCCAUCGCGUCUUCUAAGUCGACAGAUAGAAAUCAUCCUGGAUUGAAAGAGUCUGUGGGAAAGUCCUCUCCCAAAGGAGUGAAUCAUGUGAAUUUUGAUACAAAGGAAAAACAUGUUGAGAAACGGGAGAAGUAUCUUACAGCGAAGUACGGACAACACCAAAUGUUGUUGAUAAAGAAAAGACUGGCUGUGGAAAUGUGGCUUUUCGAAGAAUUAUCAAGGUUAUACUGUACAGAGGAUGAUGACCAUGAUUGUAACCUUGAACUGGAGGAAGUUCUCAACCUUGAGACAGAUGGUGAACGCAGAGCAUAUGUAUUGGAGCAGUUGUCAGAUGCCAAAGAGUCCCCAGAAGAAGUUCAAAAGUUUGUGGUGGAGCUAUUGGCAAAAGCAAGAACUUUAUAGCAAGGAAUCAUUUGAUAGUAAACAGCCAGGUGGAUCAGUCCAGGAGACAAGACUUUCAGGCUUCAGCCGAAACAGGACCACCAUGUCUUUUGGAUUUACAGAGUCAAAUGGACCCAGAAAUGUUGUGGAGUUACCUGUGGAGAACCUGUUGGAAGAGAUUCACAUUUUGUCCAACUAAUGGCAGCUGUCAGUCUUGGCCUGGCUCUUCCCUUGACAUCACCAAGAUCUUCUUGGAGUUUAUCCUUCUUUAUACUCUUUUGAAGUACCAAGGCAUCUUUUGCAGCUUGAAGUGCGUGAUCUGUUUGUAUCUGUUCUAAGCAGAAUGGGUGCAGACUUAAGAGUUGUGCUGGUCAUAGUGCAGGAACGUUGAAUGAAAUACAGAUGUGCCAGGGAGAUUCUUGCAUUCGCGCUGAGCUACUACACCAGUUAUAUCCAUUCAAGGUCCACUGUGUGAGAAUGUCAAGGGUGGAGCAAGACUGCUACUUCCUUUCUUUUAAAUCGAUUUUAGUGUGUGUGUUGUAGGGAAGGGGGUUUCACAUAUGCAUGCAUAUAUAUCCAUACAAAUGCAAGAAUGCGUGUGUAAAGGGUGUGAGCAUAAAGUGUUCUGACUGUUGCCUAGACACAUCAGAAAUAAAUCAUUUUAUUGCUGUAAAUUUCAGGACUAAGGUAAAUACUGAAUGGCAUAUGUAGAUGAUAAUUGUAGACAAAUAAGGCUGCAUGAAAGUGUGUUCAAGAUGGCCUAUUAUACAUGAGCAAUAACAGACUGUCAGUCUUUGGGGUGGUAGUGGAUAUGCUGGCUCUGUUGUAUGCUGUCGUUUCAUGUGGCCACUGGCUAGAGUGGGCCACCUCAUCUGGCACAACCUGCAUACAGAGCCUGAAAUACCAGGAGCACCAGAGGAUUAGAUGUUCUUUCAGGAUUCUGGAUUGUCUAGGGAUAAAACAGGUCUUUGCUAGGUGGUUUGUUUUUUUGUUUUUUUUUUUUUUUUGUGUUUUUUUUUUUGUGGAAAUUUUUUUUUCUCCCGCUUUUUUCACAUCCACCACCCACGCACACUCCCGGAGAAUGAUAUGAAGAUAAGUAUAAUGUUUGGGUUAACAAGACAGAGGUGUUUGCUAUCCCUAAUCAAAGUUGCAGAUUGGAAUUCCCACUCUAAAGUAUUAAUGACCUAGUAGAAUUGCAUAAUUUGUUGCUUCAAAUGGGAAUGGAUAUUACAAGCAGUUGUAUGUAUCACAAUUGUAAAGCAGGACAAAGUUACUAUAGAAAAGAGUAAGAAUGCCUCUCUAUGAAAAAAGCAAAAUUUGACUAUGGAAAUGAACAGUGGAGGAGUAAGUGGUGUGGAUUUUCUGUGGGUAUAUAAUGGUUGACAUUGCAGCAGGUUAUGUAGUUAAAGCCACUUGGCUGCAAAGAGUCCAAGAAUGUCUAACCCUAACAUUUCUUCAUCCAGCCGCAGUAUUAUUACUGGUGUUGAGAGUAGCAUGCUACCCUAGCUGUACAGUAUACAACAAAUGUUUGUUUCCUCUCUGCUUACCGUCUUAAGCAUUUUAAGUUACCUCCAUGACACACAUGGUAUGUUUAUAUGUUCAAAUAAUAUUUUUCAGAUAUAUGCUUACAAUCAUUUAUAAGAAAGUGCAGAAUUUGAUUGGCUGUACAUAUGCUGCAUUCUUUGUAUUUAGUGAAGCUGCUUAAGCUAUUUCUGCUAAACAAACUCAGUUUGGCAACCAGAAUAAAAAUAUCUUUAAUUAUUGGAGAUUUUUUAGCAAUGCCAGGCACAAGCCAAACAGAGAUAACAAGCUGGGUGUUCUGGCAUACAAUACAUUCAUAGAGCACCUUCUGUGUUGCCCAAAACAUGACACACAUCUAGCAGUCAGCUAAUGUCAUGUUGGAGGAAUAGAUCUUCCAUCAGCUCAUGUCCUCUCACAUAUCACAUUGGAUUGCGUUUUCCCUUCAGCGAAAUCAUCAGUGAUUUUUUUGGGUGGGGGAGGGGGAGGAGGGAUUUGGUUGCUCAGUGCAGUGAGUAGUUCUAGUACUUGUAGAGUGCUUUCAGAGAUUUCAAAGAUUUUCAGGAAAGUUUAGAAAGCCCUCUAAAGAGUUUAAAAUCUACAGCCUGGUCUAGAGGGUCAUGUUUCUUUGAGUAUCUCAGGGAUCAAGACCAGGACAAUUUGCUGAGGUGUUUUUUAUAAUAUUAGUAUUACUCAUUAUCAUAUUGCCAUGAGUGUUCUGUCCUGAUUAAUUCCUCAACCAACACUGCAGCACUAAGCUAUAGCAUAACUGGUGUAAAUAUCUUUUUGUUGUAUGUCCAUGACUCUUUCAAUUUACACUUUUUAAAAAUGCUGCAUAUGACGAAUAUGCACCAUAGCUCUUUCUGACUCCUUGGCCAUCUACAGUUAAAAAGAACAUGUCCUCCAGCUUUGACAUUCUAUGGACAUUGUGUAAAUUGUUCCGAGUCUACAUUUAUUGCCAAGAACAAACCAUGAGAAAUGAGGAGGAACUGUUUAAAGUUUUGACAAAUUACUUGGUGAUAUGCAGUCUGUCAAGAAUGUAAAACAAAAUUAUUGGCAAGUGCUAAAUUAUCAUUUGGUGCCUUGCCUGUAAAACAGCAUGAAAGCAUUCUUCACAUGGAAGUGAGUUGAACUUCAAUCAGCACAUGAAUGUGCCAUGAAGAGCAGGAAGAUAACGCAACAGAGCCACCGUUUUUAACUUUUUUGUUUCUCUUUGGCGUUUGAGCUUCUUUCCUAGUUUUAAAAAGAAGGGCCUUGUGUUUAGUGUUAUCAACAUUUUCGUACCGUUUAGUGUUAAACCGAAACACAUGCAUCCAUAUUUUACACUACCUUUUAGAAGAUUUUUCAAAGUAUUUCUCGCUCACAUUUGCUUAUAUCAUUGUGACAUUGUAUGAUGAAAGUUUUAGGGAAAAGAUUUGGAUAGAGUAUGGUGAUAGUUAUGGUCUGUGGAAUUUGAGUUUUUGUGCACAUCAGCAGCUGUCUGCAACGCAAAUUUCCAAGUGGCUGUGAUAGUGGUAUCAUUAUUAUUAUAUAUUGUAUAAUUUAAGAAAACUUUUGAAGGGAAUAUUAGCAAAACUGGUUGUGUGCAUACAGAAAUUAUCAUUUUUUGCCUGGUAGGGUUGAUGAACACAUUUGCUAUUCUAAAGGAUCUGUUUCCAUUCAAGUAUUACCAUUGUAAGUGUAUGAUAUUUUUAUUUUACACUUGUUAAUAUCCUAAAUGGAAAUCCACAUAAAGCUCUCUUUUGGCAAUUUUCUUGUGUCUUACAAUUCAUAAUUAUGAAGUUCAUUAUUUAAAGUUAUAUAAACCCAGCAUUUACUGGGGGCUUUCUGCUUACUUCUUACUUUUUGGUGCACAUCUCAGAAGCAGACUUUCUCGGUUGUUUGCUUUAGAAGCAAACCAAGAAGUUUGUCAAAACACAACACAUGUGUUACACUGUACCAUCUUGUCAUUUUCCUUUAGAUUUCUUCUGUAGAAUACUAGUGAAACAGCAGAGGGCUGCUUGAUAUGACAUAGAGCUGCCAGUUGACAUGAUACAGAGCUGCUGCUCAUCUUUGCCUUGCUGCUGCUGUCAUUGUCAUUGUCAUUGCUGACUUUGAUCUGUCAGUAUUUUGAACAUGGAGAACUGACCAUCGUCAUGCUUGCAAUUACCAUUUUCUCAGAUAGAUGAGCCAGAAAGAAAGUACAGUUAUGGUGUCUUAGUCUUAAAAUAAUUGCUGCUUGUGAGUAUACAGCAUGUGUGAGAACAAGUGCGAUAGUGUGGAUGUGUAUGCAUGUGUGUCUAGAUGUUUGUGCAUUGGUGCAGUUCAGGAAAGAGAUUAGCACAGCAUUAUGUACAAUGCUAAGUCAUUAAUCAUGAGUUUUGGUGCAGUUUUUACUGAAUGUGUUUUGCCUUGGGAAUGAAUGUGUAAUUUUGAAGUCAUAGACUUAAAAUCCUAGUUCUUCAAAUAUGUAUAUUUGAAUGUUGUACUUUGCAUUGUGUCAUUUUCAUGAUAUUAUUCUAGUCUGUUUAUAACUGACUAGACUGCGUUAACAAGGGAUGAUGAUGGUACUGUGGAUUUAUGUAUGCAGAAGUAAUGCAUACAGCGUUGUUUUUAUGAUUAAUCUUAGAUCAUUUAAAUCUUGAUCAUUUAACAUUUUGCCUCCAAAGAGGUAUUCUGUUUGAUAUCAUACACUUUAUACAGAAAUAUUAAAAAUAUCCAAUUAUUAAUAUGUAUAAGAUCAUUUUAAAACAGUACUUUGCAGUUUGUACUAUAUUUAGCACCAUAUCUGCCAUAUUUAGCCAAGUGCAUGUCCACAUCAGAGUCAACACAAUAUUUUUGUUUCUGUCCUGUUAAAAUACAGUAAAUCUUUGCUGAUUGCCAGCCGCCUAGUUGUUGAAUAGUUUGCAACACUAGUCUAGUUGGUUUACCUUUGAUUUACACAGAAAAGGGUGCUCAGUAUCUUUGUAAUUGGGGGGAGGUCGUGGCAGCAGGUUUCAUCAAGCACACUAAAGAUGUAGUUAGAAGACCAUGGGUUCUGCCCAUGUGGUUGUUAUGAGCUGGUGGAGUUAGUUGAGCAGUCUGUCAGUUACUGUUUAGACACACCCUCUUGGUUGGGAUUUUUUUGGGGGGUAAGGUUGCCUUCUCCAGCCCUCAAUACUGCAGGGACUUUGUUUCAGCAGACCAGGCUGGUCCCUCCCUAAUGUACACACCAUUGGCAGACUGUGUGCAUUUGCUAUCAGAAUGUGCAUCUCUUCCCUCUAUUGUUUCAUGGUCAGUGUUUCAUCCUGGUCAAAAUAGCCAGUCUUGAACUGGGUACACAUCAGUUGUAUAAAUAUUGUUUUUUAACUUAGACAUGAAAAAUUUAGGAUUUAUAAUUGGGGAACAGGCAGAGGUAAGCAGUGGUAUUGUUUGCUGAAGGAUUUCAGCCACUCUUUGGAUGAAUUCAAGGUUAUGAAAAUGUAGAAUAAAGUAGCUAGGUGGAUUGUUUGUAAGGGGGUGGUAGUGCCUUAAGGAGGGUCUAGUAAGCCUUUUGCAUUGUUACCAGUGUGAUAAUAAGAACAGUCUAGGCUGGUCAUAAUCUUCCUAGCAACCAGUACUUUCAUUGAAAGAUUGCCAUAUGUGCCACCAACAGCCUUGUUUCUUUUUGCCUUUGUUUAGCUACUGUUUUAUUAAUGACUUAGAAUUGGGGUCAUUCUGUGUACAGUGCCAGAAACUGACCACUCACCAAUGCAUCUCUUGGUAGUUUGUGGGCAGGCAUUUCAAAUAUACAUCUGUUGCUGAAAUUGUCUUUCUGGACACCUAACUAUACAGUUAGAAAUCUUGGAUAGAUGGUUGACGCUGUAGAGCAAAUGAAGUUGGCAAUGAGCAUGUUGUUGGAUGGUGACAUCACCUGCUGGUGUUGUAGAGGACAGAUUUAUCACACAUCCACCAGCAGCUGAUUUUCUCUCUGUCCCUUUUUCAUCAUCUGUCAGCGUUUGCUGCUUCAGCUUUUUUCUUUGUCAUCCUUCUGUCAUGGUCCUACGCAUAUUUACUAAAGGAGCGGCUAUGGUUUUAUUUUUAUUUUUUAAGGAGUGGCUUUCUCAGUGUGAUGGUGAUCCUUCCUCUUUAUCAAGAAUGUGUAACAGCAUGGCUUCCUUCUUGGAUUCUGGUUGUACCUGUUUGUAACCACUUCACUUCUACAUUUACAUUUUUUACGGUUGUUUCCAGUCAGUCACCUAGCGACCCAGAUAACCACUCAGCUUUUAUGAGCCUUUUGAGACAUUGGUUUGAACGUGAACGCAAAAAAAUGGGCUCUGGAAAAACAUUCCUCUCCUCUACCAGGCAGUUCAGUCCAACUAGCACGAAUCUGUUCAGCAAUGUAUGUGUUGUGUUUUCUUGGCAAAUUUAAUUCUAGAAAGGUGAAUUUUUGUGAUAUCAUUGUACUAGGCUGAAUUAGAAUGACAGUCUUGUAAGUCGGAGGUAUUCUCCUCUUAGCGUUCAUGCAGCAUUGCCAUUAAGAAUGUACCUGUAGCCUUAAAUGCAAUCGUCCUAUUCUGACUUGCGUGCUACCGCUAUCAUUUGCGUCACAGAAAACACUGGGUAAACAGAAAUUUGGUAUUGCAGAUAAGCUGAGUGGCUUCAAACUAUUAUAUCACAAGUGUGUCGUUCUUAUUGCUUUCAGUUUGUUUAUGUCUGGAAUCCAGUUUUUUUUUUUUUUAAUCCACUGGUGAAGGAUCUGUGGAUUUUAACGGUUGUCAAGCUGCUGUUGUGUGAAUCCUGCAGAAUAUUUUAACCAUGUGCAAUUCUCUUUGCCUUCUAUAACCUGGACACAAUAUCCAUGUGUUCAGUCUUGUGCAGUCCUGUUAGGUCGACAAGUUUUUCACUGCUGAUACCAAUAAAUAAAGACCUGAAAAUCCAGAGGCGUGUGCGGUGACCUUUCACAACAUCUGUCUACCCCUCCACUUCCUGUAUAGUUUUCACAACGAACCGUCCAUUCUGUGCAGACAAGAAGGGCAGUGAUGCAGCUGUGAGAUCAUUAAAUUCUCGAAGAUGUAUGGCAUCUGUUUCUUUGUCAUGCUAGUAUGCUACUGUUAUUUAUUGCUUUACAAGAUGCUGUUACGUUUAGAGAAACAGCUUUUACAAUCCAGUUUCAGAUUUAUCAUAGUGUCACCUAUUACAAUCAUUGCUGAUAACCUUUUUUUAAAACACGUCUGAAGAAGGUUGUGGACGGAGAUAAGAAGUUAAUGUGACCUAAAAUAUGUAUAUAAAAUUCGGGUAUGUAGUUGUCGGCCUGGCAUCAUAAAUAGGUUUGUUUGACUUGUGACAUUUGGAGAGACAAGUGUAGCCUGGAGGAUAAAUGUGGCUAGUGUCAAGGUUAUUGGAGCUCGAAGAAUAAAUGUGGCUACAGUUGGUGACAGAUGACCUACCCCACCAUGAGUAUCGCACGCUAAUCUUCGGGUCCCAGCUCCCCAGCGCACCCCAAGUGCGAAUUCGUUCCCAUGGUUCGGGCCGGACAUUCUCCACUAGCACUGCGCCGUAUUAACAAAGUUUUGAAUGUGAGCAACAUUUUGGCUUGCCUACCUCUGAUCCCCGCUCCCAAACUUGCCUGUCGUGGGCAUCAGCUUGAGAGAUAAUGAUGGCGGUGUGGCGGGGUCAUGUAUGCGUGGUCUACUAGUCUGACCGAGGUAUCCUGUAGGUGCUCGAGCCGCCCACCCCUUUCGUGGUGUUACUCGCUACGACGAGGCCACCGAUCGGCGACGACCGUUGACAUGUGUGUUGGCGUUCUCCCUGCAGUUUUCGAGUACUGUGAUGUCGGGGGUCGGGUGGGUAGGAGGUGGUGUCUUUGUGGAAAGAAGCAAGGAAUGGAUAAUCAAUUUCCCCUCUGAUAGUAUUAAAGACAAUGGAAGAUGUGUAGAGAGCGUUCUGAAGAUUUGAUAAUAGACUUUCGCUUGCACAAUCUUGUAAACAAGCUGGUGGCCAUGGGUCACCUUGACCACAGUUUAAACCUCAUUGGGAGGUGGAUAGCCGAGUAGUUAUAGCAGUUGCGUGCGAACCGAGGCACCUGUGUUCGAUACCAGUGUUUCGCACGGAAUUUCUCCCAGUCGACACAGUUGACACAGCUGUUGGAAAUGAGUACCCGACUCCUUAGAGCAGUGGUGCCCAACCCUUUCUCGUAAUUUACAGUAGGGCGAGAGAGAGGGAGAUGGUAACCAUCCCCACAAAACCUGGCCUCUCCCCAACUAGAUGAUCUCUGACAUUGAUUUUAUUCCUUCACAAAAAAAAUCAGUUCGCCCAUAUUCUUUAUUUAGACCUUAAAUGAUUGUCAAAGAAAACAAAGGUAACUUGAGCCUCCCUGAGCGUGAGCAGACUGGGCGCGCUAGUAUGAAUCAACUCGGUCUUCGAUAAUAGUUUUGAUUGGAACUUACAACCAGGUUUGUCCGUAAUCAAAGAGGUCAGUCUUACUAGUACAACAUCAUAAAUUCAGAAUAGCUUAGUGGCAUAGCUAGCAAAGGAGUGUGGCUACGAGGACGUGUAAUAGCUCAUGGGAGAAACUUCUGCGGAAUUGAUUUUAUGAUGGACUCGCGGUCAAUACUGCUUUUGUUGCUGUACAUGUUUAGCAGCUAUAGUGUUCACAACACACGCUACCCCCAUCCCUAACAGCGGUUGAACAGGUGAACGGUCUGCUGGGGGUCACACCCUGUGGUCAGCUGAUCUCUGCUCGCGUCUGUUUGUCGCACCACGAGGUGACCCUGUAGGAGACGCAGGUGAAAUGUAUGCUGACAGCAAUGUCCUCUUCUUGAUGGGGAGAGAGGGGUGUUGUUUAUGUUUUUGGUUGGUUUGUUUUUUUCCCAGUGAUAGCUGCUUUUCCAGAAUGUUGUUGCCUCAUAAACUAGUUACUACUUACGGCCACGUUCACCACCUUCCCACCCACCUCCUAUCACACGUAACCUUGUUGUGUUCGCGUUUUAAGUCUUGUCGGGUGACACUUCAGUUCUGUCACCUCGGCAGCUAGUGUUACCUAGGAAACGGGCGGAAACAAAUGCGUGAGGGUUGAGAAUGUCGUGACAGUGAUAACGAUGUUGAUGCAGGCGUUAAACCACCAUAAGUAAGGCUGAGGGCAGUGGACAGGUGUCGGGCUCUCCAGCCCCUCACCACGCAGCCAGCAACCUGCUGACACAUAACCAUGUUCGGGUUGUUUCCAACACCACCCACCCACCCCCUUUCAAAUGCUGAAAUUUGUGUAAAUGUGUAUACAUACAUUUUCCUUAAUAAAUAGUUUAGAAGUAAUGUCUCGUGUUGAGUUUUGUCAAAUUUUAAUUACAGUAUGUGCUUUGGACUGUUCCUCCUUUUUCAGACAAGUGUAUACAUGUGUGUGUUGAGAAUGCACAGUGAAGAAAUCAGAUACCAGCGCCCUGUACUUCACAGCAUUCAAAAUGAAAAUAAAAGCCGCAAUAUUCGACAACAAAA